AUAGGCCUCAUUUUAAAAGAAACAAGGAAGCGCACUUCAUAACAGUUUGCAGUACAAGGCACGGACUUUGUGUCUUUUCUUUCAUUUCACUUUCUUUUCCUCCGUUUAUUGACUGAUUUCUUCACUCAAGCCUUUCAGCAAUAAAACUGCACGAUGAGCAAAUUGGAAGAGACUCAGAAGGAGGUGGAGGAGGUGAAGGACAUCAUGCUGGACAACCUGAAUAAAGCAGAGGAAAGAAAAGAAAAACUGGAGGAUCUGGACCAGCGUGCUACUGAGUUACUGAAUAAAUCGCAGUCCUUCCAGAAGCAGUCAAAGAAGGUGAAACAGAAGAAGAGGAAGGAGUAUCUGAAGAGUAAAGCAGGACUAAUAGCGCUUAUGGCAGUGUUGGCACUGGUGAUCAUCGUCAUACUCGCCAUCAUGUUCAGCAGCGAACGCUCCGGUGACGGUGCAAGUGUGCAGAGAGCCGCCGUUACCUCUAAACCAAACAUAACAGAACAGCUGUAAUUCCUGGCUGAGGGAACACGACAAGGACAGAAAACAACAAAUGUUGACCUUUAAACAAAAGUAACAGACACUCUGUAUGUAAGGUGAAUUGUUGGACAUUGUUGAAAAUCACUAAUCUAUUCCUACAAAUUAGGCCAGUUUUAACUGUAAAGGUGCCAGAAGGAUAUUUUGAUUGCCCGGGAUACAUUUCCACCCAUGACUCCUUUGUUGUUACCACAAUAAACAGAACAGUCCUUUUUCACUACAUACAGUAGAUCUUUCCAUACAAAAGGAACAUUUAUUGCUGUGGAUCAUUUUUUAGCCAGAAAACCAAAAUGUCAGUCAGAAAUGAUCAUCAGACAAAUUUAUAUUUAGAAACCGAAAAUGUGGUUCUAGUUUUUCUUGAAAACUUGAUUAUUUUAUAAAGGUAUUUAUGUCGAUCGUAAAGAGGUCAUAGUGUCUUAUUAACGUAAUUUCUCCAUGUUGUAGACGUUGGACUUUGUAUGCUUAAGGAAUCUUUGCAUCCUUAAAUGUUUUUCAAGGAUUGAAGCUCAUUCAGGGCAGCACAGUGGUGGUAGCAUGGUGGUGGUAGCAUGGUGAUGGUAGCAUGGUGGUGGUAGCUUUGGCUACUGUCUCAGGUCCUCCUUGUGUCUAAGUGGGUUUUCUGGCUUCUUGGUACUGCCGCUAAAGUUGAGUGAAUUGACUCUUGGUACGAAAAAGUAGUUAUGGCUUCCUGGCUCAGGACCCACCAUAACUCUUACCUGAAUAAAGUGCUGAAAAUAAAUGAAUGAAUGAUACUCAUCACAGCAAACAUUCAGUAUAUUCAUGUUUCUUUGCUAUUAAAAAAGGUAAUGUUUUUUAAGCUGCUGUGACAUUGUUAAAAACACUACACAAAUAAAAUAUAAUGAAUGUGA